AUGGCUUUUUCCCUGAUAGCCUCUCAGACCUUAAUCCUCCGAAAACCUACCGUUAUUUCUCCGAACAACCUCACCGCUGCCUAUCCUCUGCGGCUUUCCUUCUCCCUAGCAAACCCUAAAAGGCCGGCAAUAAUUGCCAAAAGCUCUGGUUACCAGAACCCCGCUCUAUCUUUGCUCACCAGUUCAACUCGGACGGUGACUACACUGUUGGCUCUCGCUCUAACGGCCUCCAAGGUUCUCAAUUUGGGCCUGCAAUUGAAGGGCUUUCAUGGCCUGCCGGAGCCUUUAGUCCACUCCGCCGGCCCGGUUUUUUUCGCCCCAAUUGGGGAUGCAUCCACUGGAACUUUGAACACCGUUCACCGCGGUUGCAGCCGGGAUGGCAAAAUGGCUGGAUAUAUACAACGGGGUUUUGGUGGUUAG